CAACGUCGUUGGAAAUCAAGAGGUAACACUUUCCAACCAAACACAUUGAAACGUAAAAGAAGAGUUGGUUUCUUGGCUAGAAUGAGAGACAGAAAUGGCCGUAAAGUUGUUGCUAGACGUAGAGCUAAAGGAAGAUGGUACUUGACAUAUUAA